CACGGCCCAACCAGUUGGAUUUCUGGUCCGUAGUAGUACACAUACUGAACAUAAAAAACCUCCGCAGACCUACCUCACUACGGCGCCACCGGAAAAACAAUGCUCAGACUCCUCCGCCGGUCUUGCCCAAAGCUCCGGUUCAAACCCGGUUAUAUAUUCGGCUAUCCGGGCCCUAGUACGACCCGUCGCCAGUACGCCUUCUCCACCGCCACCGGUCUCUAUGGCUUCGACCACUUAAAGACCCCCAAAGGCUUUCGACGUUUCGUCGACGAUGCUAUCGAAAGGUCCGGAGAGCUGGUUGCAUACAUUUCAGGGAUGCCUUCCUCGGCGGAAAUAAUAAGAGCCAUGGAUGAGAUUUCUAACACAGUCUGUUCUGUCAUUGACUCCGCGGAGCUUUGUAGACAAACUCAUCCUGACAGGGAAUUUGUUGAGGAGGCGAUCAAAGCUUCAAUAAGAGUUAAUGAAUAUCUACAUUAUCUAAAUACAAAUCAUACUUUAUAUAAUGCCGUGAUUAAAGCUGAGCAAGAGGGCAACUUGCUCACCGACGAAGCUCAUAGGGUCGCGCAUUACCUCCGCCUUGACUUUGAGAGGAGUGGGAUUCAUCUUUCUGCUGAGAAAGUAGAUAGAGUGAACCGGCUGAGUAUAGAAAUUUCCCAAUUGUGCAGACAGUUCAAUCAAAAUAUCGUCAAUGACCCGGGUACUGUGGAUAUUUUCCCGGCAUCACAUAUGCCCCGAAAUUUGCACCAUCUUCUUAAGCCCAUCUAUCGUUCAACAUCUGUAGUUUCAAAGGACUCAUGGAGGCCCAGGGGUACCAUGAACGAGAAGGGGUUUCGUAUAACAACAGACCCCCACACUCUAUCUUGUGUUCUGCAAGGGGCACCAAAUGAUGAGUUUCAGGUCCGGAAAAUGGCAUAUAUCAAAGGAAAUUCUGUUCCUCAUGCAAACCUUGGAGUUCUUGAUCAACUUAUAGCUUCCCGCCAUGAGCUUGCUCAGAUAAUGGGUUAUAGAUCUUAUGCUGAAUUCAAUGUGAAGCCUAAUAUGGCUUCGUCACCAGAAGUUGUGAUGUCUUUUUUGCUAGAGAUGAGAAAGAUGGUCAAACCCAGCGCUGAUGAGGAGUUAAAAAAAAUUAGGGAUUUUAAAAGAGAAAAAUGUGGUCAACAAUAUGGAGAUUUAGAGCCAUGGGAUGAGGCAUAUUACACCGCAAUGAUGAAGUCUUCUGCCUAUGACUUGGACUCUUCGGUUGUAGCGUCGUAUUUUCCUCUGCCUCAAUGUAUUAAGGGUUUGAAAGUGCUGGUGGAGUCGUUGUUUGGUGCCACGUUUCAUAGCAUCCCCCUAGCACCAGGUGAAUCAUGGCACCCAGAUGUGCUUAAAAUGUCUCUUCAUCAUCCUGAAGAGGGUGAUUUGGGGUAUCUCUACCUUGAUUUGUACUCAAGGAAGGGCAAGUAUCCUGGUUGUGCUCAUUUUGCAAUUAAAGGUGGCCGCAUGGUUUCUGAAACAGAAUAUCAACUUCCAGUUGUUGCUCUUGUCUGCAAUUUUUCUGCUUCACAUAAUUCAUCAACUGCAAGGCUGAAUCAUUGGGAAUUGGAAACUCUGUUUCAUGAGUUUGGACAUGCUCUUCAUUCUUUGCUUUCAAGAACGGAUUACCAACACUUUUCAGGUACCAGGGUGGCUCUUGAUUUAGCGGAAGCACCUUCAAACCUUUUUGAGUACUAUUCAUGGGAUUACCGAGUUUUGAAGACAUUUGCCAAACACUAUUCAACUGGUGAAAGCAUCCCUGAGAAACUGGUAGAGUCAAUGCAGGGUGCCAGAAAGAUGUUUGAUGCAACUGAAUUGCAACGUCAGAUUUUUUAUGCUGUUAUUGACCAAACAUUCUUUGGGGAACAGCCAACUCCACCAACAAGUUCUAUUGUUGCAGAUCUGAAAAGACAAUAUACUAGUUGGAAGCACGUGGAUGGCACACACUGGGAGGCCCGAUUCAAUCACCUCCUGAAUUAUGGUGCAGGUUAUUAUAGCUACUUGUAUGCCAAAUGUUUUGCCGCAACAAUAUGGCAGAAACUGUGCCAGGAGGAUCCACUAUCAUUAACUACGGGAACUGCAUUAAGAACAAAAUUCUUACAGCAUGGGGGAGCUAAAGAACCGUCCCAUUUGUUAAGUGGUCUUGUAGGAGAUGGGAUCCUAAGGAAUUUUAAUGGAGGAAUGGUUCCUGAUAUUUCCUGUCUUUGUAAUGAAAUGAAGUUGGAAAAGGUAUAGAGAACAGACCUUGUUGUGUUCCAUUUGAGUUAACAAGAACUAGUCAACUAAAUAGCAAAGGAAGGAAUGAAAUGGAGGGGUUUGAAGAAAAGAAGGUGAGCGAAGAGGCGAAACUACGGCAUGGGUCUUGUCGGAGGUAAUGUAGGAUGCAAAUGUCAAGCGCGGACUAACAGUUGCAGAGAUUUCACUCUGGAGUUGGCGAGGCAAAUGUGGAGAAGCAAUUUUUAUUCAUUUUCUGACGGAUAUUAAUAAGUUUCCUUGAACUGUUAUUCUUAUCCAUCCAUGUGAAUUUUGUAGCAUACGCUGAAUAAUUAAUGAAGCCAUUUGAUUCGAAUAAA